AUGCAUAACUCAGACGUGAUCUGCUUUGUUGUAGGAAGUUUCUUAUGGCUCCCCCAUGUGAGAGGUGAGGAAGGCUGCCUUAACACUGAACUCUGUUCAGGUACAGAAUGGGACCGUCUGUGGUAUAUCUGGCUGGUGCUGGUGGUCGGGGGGCUCCUGCUCCUGUGUGGCCUGGUCUCUGUCUGUAUGAGGUGCUGCUUCCAGUGCCAUCAGACAGGGGAUGAGGCAAGCCCCCAGCCCUACGAGGUCACCGUCAUUGCGUUUGACCAUGACAGCACCCUCCAGAGCACCAUCACUUCUCUCCACUCAGUGUUUGGGCCUGCUGCCAGGAGGAUAUUAGCUGUGGCACACUCCCACAACGCUGCCCAAGGAACCCCUCCCCUCUCUGCAUCAGACACCCCUCCAGUGUACGAAGAAGCUCUGCACAUGAGCAGGUUCACCGUGGCCAAGGCGGGGCAGAAGGUGCCAGACCUGGAUCCAGUGCCAGAGGAAAAGCCACAGGCGCCCACCGAGGGCAAGGACACCCAGCCAGACCUCCCAGGACACUGA